AUGUCCGCAAAAUUCUCGCUGCAAACGCCCUAUGUUGUGGCCCCUUUGCCAAAACCCAUUGAUCGCAAAAAUGGUCGUUAUGUUGUGGGCAACGUCUAUGGAGGGGCACCUGGAUCCAAAAAGAGGAAGAGAUCAGAGUUGGCCGUUGGAGUUGAUGGCGAGAGUAUAAAUCUAUACGACAUAUCCUCCUCAAGGCUGAUCACUUCAUACGCACUUCCACCACAAUCAUCCUUCACAUGCCCCCCCAGCUCACUGAGGACCCGGAUCUCAAAACACAAGGUGGAACGGCGAACCUAUGCAUCAACUGCCGGAACCCAAUCACAAGUCACCCUCUUUCGAGAUCUGACAGAGGGGCAUUCCACGAAAUCUUCUGCUGCCUCCCACGUGGUAAAAGACCAUGGAAACCCCAUUGUCUUUAUGGGUGCUGUUGCAGCAGUAUCUGGGCCAGAAGUUUUGCCGAGUGCAUCAGACCUUGUAGUUGUCAAGAAAGACGGAGAAAUCCAAUGUUUGGAUGGGGAAAGCCUCCAAAGUAAAUGGACAUCUCCCUCUGGUGCGAUUGCUCAGGACAUAGAUACAGGACAUGCCAAAGAUGUCGAUGUGGAAUAUGCACAUUUGACGAAUGCCUAUGCUACGAGGCAAGGCAUAUUUAAAGGCCGUCAAGAUGUGUUCGGCAUCUUCCCUCAAGAAAUCUCUGAGGAUGGAUUCAAUCCAGACCUUCUUGUUAUCAUAUCCAAAACCAAGGAAACCCCCUUCGUGAGAAGACUCCACGUCGUUGCCUUUCCUAGCAGGUCCUCGGCCCACCAAGGGGGCCAGCAACGCUCAGUGCAGCCUCUGUUAGCAACCAAGUUUCCAGCUGCAUCUGCCGGUGGACCCAAAGAUGCGACAGCUUUCAGCAUCCAAGUUUCCGGGGGAAUACUACACCAAUUGCAUGACGAUAUAUUAACGACCUUCGACUUGACGGAGACUGGUCCCAAGGAACAAUCAACUCUUAUAGUUAAGGCGGCGAAAUCAUUCCUACGUCUCUCAAGCACUUCCAUCCUAGUCUCUUCGCAAAAUCAUCUCAGUGUCUACAAUCCGAAAUACCAGUCGAUCCUGGCAGCAGCCGGUCUUGAUCCCGUCUCCGACAAUGAGCCUCUUAAGCGCAAAUACGGAGAAGAACCCGAGGCUAAUGGUGCACCUGAACGUUCCUGUGAUCUUAUAACAUAUUUCCCCAAGCUUGGCGCAGCUGUCGCGAUCAUCGACAGCAACCUUGUUGCGAUGCAAAUUGAAGGGCACCAAGAUCGCCAGGGCAGAAAUCGUGCUGUUGGUUUACUGAUAGACUCUCUUGGAUGCUCGGUCCGAAACCAAACCCGUUCCUGCCAAGGCAAGGCGGAAACCGACAAACUUGACUCGCAAACAAUGUCGGAAUAUUUGCCCUCUCAACUCAGCAAAUCCGAUACACCAUGGGCUUCCCAAAUAGAAAUUCUGGAAAACGCAUUCUCUAAAAGAGAUGGUGUAGCAUUUGAUGGACUCAUAGCACAAAAGCUCGGUACCAAGUUGAAGAAACUGUCAGCCACCCCGGUGUCUUCUAAAAAGGUCGAUUUGAAUGUCGAUCGACGCUGGCUUAUAUAUGCUCUCAGCAAAAUUUUCAGCUGGGGCGAAAGCGACUCAGGCGAAUAUAAGCUAUCGAUCCGGUUCUUUCCACCCAAGAUAUUUUUGUGGCUGAUCGAAGCUGGCCAUAUGACAGUCGCAAACAUCGAGUCAGCUGUGAGGAGCACUCAUGACCUCCCAGUCAAACCGAUUCCCGCCGGCGAGCUUGUAAAUGCGAUCGCCGAGAUAAAUGAAGAUAUGGAUAUGUUGCUUGGACUUGUGAGGAAUAAUUAUCUAGGAGCUAUGGAACUUCUUCACGCAAUUCGGAUCUUGAUGGGGAGCCUUGAGAUGCUUGGUGAAACAAAGCAAGGCCUUCUCACGAAUGGAGAAGAUUCAGAGAAGGCCAGCGGCAAUUCCGAUGAGCAACUGGAGAAGUUAGAAGCCGAAACCGAGCGGGUUCUAGAGCUUGCAGAAUAUCAGCUAGGACCUGGUUCCGAUGUUCGUGGUCAGGCACUAAGCUUGGCACUUUCCAAGCUCUAUACAUGUCCGACAAGUGGCAUUGUUUACGCUCUCCAAACAACAUUCACGGCCCAUGAGAUCGUCUGUCUGAUCUAUUUACUCCGAUUCGAACUUGCUCGAGGGGGCUGGACCGCACGUUAUCUGGAUGUCGAGCACCCUGAGGGUGAUGGCGAUGAUGCCGGCGCCCCCAAUAACUCGAUCAUACUUGUAUCGAGCUUGCUUAAUAACUGUAUUGAUGCAGUUGGCGCCGGCGGUUGGUUGUCGGGCGAUGUGAGACUUGUCAGCGGCGAUCCAUUUGAGGCUGAGGAGUUGAUUUCAAGCCUCAAACUUGAAGUCAGCGCUGCAUUGGAAGGUAUCGAAGAGGCAACAUAUUUGAAAGGAAUUACAUCUGAGAUGAUAAGAUACGGUGCAGCUGUUGUUACGGCCCUUCCUCAGGAGCCGCAGGAGCCCAAGGACGGAGCUCCUGCUACGAAGAAGCGCAAGGUUUUGAAGCCAAUUACUCUGCCUUCGGCUGAUCAGGACUAUAGGAUCUUGCCGGUUGGGUUGAAAGCGGAGCAGCAAAUCUCGCGUCUUAAGGUUGGUGCUGGUGGAGAGGUUUACAAACGGACUGCAAGAGAUAUUGGGAAUCUUAGGAGUCGGAAGGUUGGGAAGUAUUCUCAGGAGAGAAUUAUUAUCUGA